AUGAGGAUGAGAAUUAAGAUUAGGGAGCAGCUCAGCUUCCUCGUCACGAUCCUCGCCCUCUGCUGUGUCGGUAUCCCCUCCUUAAUAUCGUGGGUCAAAAACUAUCACUUUGUCGUCAAUCUACGUGCCGACCGUCUAGCCCUUGUCGCUGCCCUCAAAGCCGACCAGCUUUCCCAGGCCCUUGCCAUUCUCCAAAACUCAAUCGCCUCGGUUUCCUCACGGCUUCUCAUCCAAGGUGCACUAAAAGACUACUAUGCAGGGAACCGCCCUUGGAACCUUUGGGAUGAUACAAUCACCGACAUCGCCGUCGCUCUCGAAACGCAGCCUUAUCUCUUACAAGCCGUGCUUUGGAACCGAGAUCUCAAUGAGACCUUUGCGAAUGUUACCUGCUCUUGCGCCCUUGGUAUCAACGGCACCGAGCCGAAUGGUACCUUCCUUGCCCAUGGUUUCCAACCUGUUGGAUCCGGGUUCAGCUGGAAUGGACACGACGGUUUCCCUGACUCUCUAUACCCUCGUCCAUACAACAUGACUGAGAGAGAAGAUGAACGGUUUGAAAUCAUUACGCCGGCUACCGUUCAGCAAUUUAAUUUCACCUUCCAGGGGCCCGUUAUGGUAAAUGAAACGCUUUACCUAGCAUCCUACACUGUUCCCAUAUUCGACCAGACUAAUAAUAGUACCCGUGUUCACCCGUUGCUUGGAUUCUUCACUAUUAUUGUCAACAUCCAGAUCUUAGUAGAUAUAUCAAACCGGCGUCUUGGGCUUGACGAAACAGGUCUCAUGCUUGUUGUCGGGCCUGAUAACCCCACGAAUCUGUGGUCUGGGGAACAUACAUCCGAUGAUAAAGUAAACGGUGACACCAUGUUUCGCUUUACCCUCCCUGCCUAUGAGAAACCUGAUAUAUUCGGAGUUUCCGGCCCCAUGAAUGCGUGGACGACUGUCAUCGACACUUUUCACAACGGGAAGGGUAACCCAGCACGAGCUGAUCUCAGCGUGAGGGAUAUCUCAGAUCACCGUUUUAGCGUCGGCUUCGUCCUACUCGACGUUCCAUACUUAGAUUGGGGUGUCAUUAUAGCUCAGGAUUACGAAGAAGUCCUUGCGCCCGUAAUACAACUCCGCAACAUUCUCUUAGCAACAAUCUUUGGGACUCUUGGGGUUGUUAUCCUGUUGGUAUGGCCGUUAUCUCAUAUUUUUGUUCGGCCCAUCACCAGGCUUUCUGCUGCGACACAAAAUGGUAAACGAAGCCUAAGCCCCCGGGGUCGUCCGGAUGGUUUCAACUCUUCCUUGAUGACAGCCAAUUCUAAUGGAGGGCUUCAACGUCAAAGCGAUGCGCCGAGUGCUUCUGAAAGUGCAGGGCGACCUGGAAAUGGCCAACGAAGAACGUCAAAUGUUAUGAAGUCGGCUAAGGGUUUAGUUGGCUUUAGCAAAAGUGUCCUCCUCCGUCCUGUUACCGAAGUAAACCUCUACGAGGAUCAGGAUGAUUCUCGCAAUACGUUCCGCAUUCCAUCAAAGGUUCCUGAAAGGUCGCAUCUCAUCCAAGAUGAGCUGACGGAACUAACCCAUAAGUUUAAUCGGAUGACGGAAGAGUUAGAAGUGCAGUAUGAGACCUUAGAAGAACGCGUGCGUCAGAGGACUGUCCAACUCGAAGAGCAAAGACAGAUAGCAGAAACGGCCAAUGAAGCAAAAUCCCGCUUCAUCGCCAAUAUUACCCAUGAGCUGAGGACACCAUUGAACGGCAUUCUGGGUAUGUGUGCUGUUUGCCUUGCCGAGGACGACAUUGUUAGAAUUAAACAAAGCCUUGGGAUCGUGUACAAAAGCGGUGAACUAUUGUUACAUCUUCUUACCGAUCUUCUCACGUUUAGCAGAACCCAAAUCGGCGGCAAGGCUAUACCGUUGGACAUCAAAAGGUUUAGAAUAACUGAUAUAGCCAGCCAGGUUUUGGCAAUUUUUGAAAAGCAAGCUAGAGAUAGCAAAAUCAAACUGGGUGUUACGAUGAUCCCGGAGGCGGCCUUGAGCGACAUGGUGGUCAUGGGCGAUUCCAACCGUAUACUUCAAAUCAUUAUCAACCUAAUCAGCAAUGCGCUGAAGUUUACGCCGGAAUCUGGGAAGGUGCACCUUACUAUCACACUUGGCAAUGAAUUUAAGCCGAUACCUAUCCCAAUAACAGACUCUCGAGAUUCCUCCCGAAACCGACACAAAUCUCCUACCGCCUCGAAAAGUUUAUCAGAGAAGUCGUCCGACAUCCAAAACGAGAAACCACUUGCCAUCGGGCCAACUUCGGUCCCUAGCAAUCUUUCAGAAUCUCGAAAGCAGCCGAGUGUCGCAUCAGAAAGCCAAUUAGACCCCAAAAGCUAUAUAUUUGAGUUUAAGAUCCAAGAUACAGGCCCCGGAAUACCGAUAGAUCAGCAGCAGCAGAUAUUUGAACCAUUCGUUCAGGGAGAGCUCGGCCUGAAUAGGAAGUACGGCGGUACUGGAUUGGGUCUCUCUAUAUGCAAACAACUAGCUACCUUGAUGUCCGGUACGAUAACACUAGACAGUCAAGAAGGCGUUGGCAGCGCAUUUACGCUAAAAAUCCCUCUCAAACACCCCAAAGACGGGCUGACCUCUUCAAACGUCAGUUCUCGAGAGGGAAGCGUCUCCCUUGAGCGAACGAUAGACUCGGGUACUGGACUAUCACCUGUUCCUGGAAGUAAAUCUUCGGAUAGGGCACUCGACCCUACAGCCACCAAUGCUGAAAGGCUAGCGGCAUUCCCUCAGCCCCGCCUCGUCGGCUUCUCACAACCUUUCUUUGCUCCAUCACAAGAACCUCAAACUGCAAGUGGGGGCAAGGUUCUCCUUGUGAACAAGAAACUUGGGAGCACCGACGCAAAGAACGUACGGGUUCUGGUGGCUGAAGAUAAUAAAAUUAAUCAGGAGGUUGUGAUUAGAAUGCUUAAGCUUGAGCAAAUUGAAAACAUUACCCUCGCCGACGAUGGCGUUGAGGCUGUGGAUAGAAUCAAGGAGGCAAUUGAAUCCAACCAGGCAUUCCAUAUUGUUUUCAUGGAUGUUCAGAUGCCUAACCUCGACGGUCUGGAAAGCACGCGGAAAAUCAGAGAGCUAGGAUACUCUGCCCCCAUCAUAGCAUUGUCUGCUCUGACAGAGGAGAGUAAUAUUAAGGAGUGCCUCGAGUGUGGUAUGAAUUACUUCCUCGCCAAACCUAUCCGACGGCCCGCCCUCAAGCACGUUCUUCGCACUUACUGUCCCCCCAUCGCCGAAGAUGAGGGUCAGGAAGAGCCACCAUCAGAGCCACCAUCAGAACCGCCAUCAGAGCCAGCACCAAAGCCAACACCCACGGAACCGGAUAUAUAUUGA